AUGGCCGGGCCCCGUUUCAAGAAGCGAGCGAUGCUACCCUGGUUUACCGGGUGGUGCAUCGUUCUUUGGUGGGUGACGUCGUGCGUGGGCGGCGUCGCAGCGCAAGGUGGUCUUGUGCAACCCGUCGGCGGGUACCCCGUUGGCGGCGACAACCCACGCAGCGAGGCCCGUGGCAGCGCAAGCGAAGACGCGGACUCGGGCGGCUCGAGCCUUCUUCGUGAAGCUCGUGCCCGCGCCCUUAGCGCGUACUCGGAGGCAGCGAACGACCCGUGCGCCGCCUUCAACACGCGCCCGGACGUGACCGAGCCGUACUGGACGCGGAUGGCGUCAUGUGCUGUGUGUGCUGCCAUGCAAGGCUGCGGGUUCUGCCUCGCAACGCUCUUGUGUGAGCCCGGUGGUCCGGCCGGUCCGACGGCAGGCGUCUGCGACACGUGGCUUUCCGCGGCGGCGCAGUGCCCGACCGAACCCGACUGCACGGCGCAUACCACAUGCGGCGCGUGCGCGUCGUCGGAUGGUGCGUGCGCGUGGUGCACAAAGACCAGCACAUGCAUGCCGACGGACGCGGUGUCGGAUGCGACGUGCGGCAGUGUCGUGACCUCGCCACCGUGCCCGAUCAAGGUCAUCAAGGCCACAAACUUUGUGACGGGCGUGGUGACGAUCUACGCCGACCCAGCGACCAACACGUCGGCCUCGUGGUCCAAGGACGUUCCUACAACGCUACGAUCGGCGAGCGCGUACGUCGCGUUGCACGCGGCGAGCGACGUAGCGGUGUCGGCCGGUGACACAAACACGGUCAACACGAUGGGGCACAGCGUCUCUGUCAGCGCUGGCAGUGGAUUGAGUGCCGAUCGAGGCGCCGGCGGGUCGGUCUCGAUCAAUGCCGGCAGCGGUGCGGGUCAGGUCGCGCUGGGUGGCGCCGGCGCGGGCGGCAACGUCAGCGCUCAUGCUGGCUCGUCGCUUCAAGGGGUCGGUGGCAGUAUCAACCUCUCCGGAGGUACUGGCAAUAGCUCUGGUGGCGCAAUCCGACUGCUCUCGGGCCCAAGCGUUUCCGGUCCAACGGGCGCCAUCUCGAUCGCGACCGCCGACGGUCCAGGUGGAAAGGGCACUGGCAACAUUACCAUCCAAACGGGCGGCUCGACACUCGCGUCGGGCUCUAUCGUGGUUGCGGCUGGCGCCGCGAUCUUCCCGGGCUCGCUCGUGCUCGCCGGUGGCGCUGCCACGGCGGGUAACACGACGAUACUUGCGCAACCCGGCGGCAAUGUCGUUGUGACGAGCGGAGCUUCGGCGCUCUCGACCGGCGGUACGACUAUCGUGACGACGGGCGACGGCAACUCGAGCAGUGGCGUCUUGCGACUGCAAACGGGUGGCAACAGCUCGACAUCGGGCAACGUCAUCCUUGGUUCCGGCGGCGCUACGCUGAAAAGCGGCGACGUCCGCAUCGGUUCGGGUAGCGUCAAGGUGCGCGGCGCCGUCGCCGGCGCGGUACGCAUCGGGUCCGGCAACGAUAUCAACGCCGCCAUCAGUGCCAACAUUACGGUGGUCGCGUCGUCCACGGUCGCGGGUCCGCAAGCAGGUAGCGUGCUUGUCAAGGGUGGCGACGCCGGUCAAAGCGCCGAGAUGACCCUUGUCGAUGGUGUCGCUGGCGCCGUGUCGAUUGAAGGUGGUCGCACGGUGCGUUCAACUGCCGCUAGCCAUGGCGGUGACGUGUCCGUGGCUGGUGGCGCUGCCGAAGCUGGCCAAGGCGGCAAACUCAAACUCAUCUCUGGCUCCAGUCGGCUUGGCAGCAGCGGCGACACAUUGGUGCUCUCGGGGCCGUCGGCCGCUGCAUCGGGUUCGGUGCGUGUCGCGUCGGGCAACUCGGUCACGGGCGCGUCUGGCGCUGUUAGCAUCAACACGGGCGACGCCGCCAACGCGGUAGCUGGACGUCUCGAUCUUCGCCCGGGUGUGAGUGGCAACGGCGUCGGCGCAGAUGUCAGCGUUGCUGCGGGCGCGAGUACGACAAACACGGGCGGGGCUGUGUCGCUCGCAAGUGGCCGCUCGUUGACGGGUACCUCGGGCGACGUGCGUAUCUUGACGACAACGGCGCCAACGUCGGGCUCGCUCACGCUGUCGACUAGCAACGCCGUCGUCUCGUCGGGCGACGUCAAGAUCGCAACGGGCGCGGCGGGGAAGAGUGGUACGGUCGGCGCGAUUUCGUUGAAGUCUGGCGACGGACCUCAACCUCUUGUUUCAGUUUCGAUCGCGUCGGGUGCAGCAAACACGCCUCAAGAAAAGGGUGGCGCCAUGUCGCUCAAGGCAGGCGACGGGUCGUCAACAGACGGUGGCGUCGGUGGCGACAUCGACAUUUCAAGUGGCGCAGGACGUGGGUUGCACACGAGCCCGUCCGGCGUCGGCAAUGGCGGCAAGUUGACGUUGAAGAGUGGCGCAUCGACCGAAGGCGAGGGUGGCGUUUUGUCUAUCGUGGGUGGCGCCUCGCAGCUGGCCACGGGCGGCACUGUCGCUCUUAUGAGUGGCGCGUCGACGCAAGCAACAAGCGGCGAUGUCCAAGUCCUCACGGCGCCUAGCGGUAUUGCGGGCGGCAGCGGCAAGAUUACGCUCCGGUCUGGCGCGGCGACGGGCGGCAAUGCCGGCGACAUUUCGCUCCAGUCGGGUAGCGCCACGAACGGACGAGCUGGCGCCAUUAGUGUCCAAGGUGGCGCCGGUGAUACCGGCGACGGCAGUAGUCUCUCGCUGGCGGCAGGCCCGACGUCGGCUCCAGCGUCAACCGGUGGUGUCGUCACGCUCCAAGGCGGCGACGGAACGAGCACCGACGGCGGCGACGGCGGCAACGGCGGGGCGGUUUACGUCUCUGGUGGUGCCAGUCUUGGCCAAGCGACCAAGAACAUUGGCGGCGCGCUCUCACUCAGCGGUGGUGCGGCCGCUGCGGGCAUUGGCGGCGACGUGUCGCUCAUGUCGGGUGGUAGUCACGUGUACAGCUCGGGCUCUGUCACCAUUGGCUCGGCAUCGUCGGGUCCGCAAGGUUUCAGUGGCGACGUCAACAUCAACACUGGCACGGCCGUGGCCGGUGCAUCGGGCAGUAUUCAGCUCUCGAGUGGUACUGGUCAAACCGGUAGCGGCGGGUCCAUCGAACUCUUGGUCGGCGCGGGCAACAUCAAUGACGGCGGCUCGGUGACGGUCAAGGCAGGCGAGACGACGACGCAAGGUCGUGUUGGUGGCUCCAUCGAGUUGAUCGGUGGUACCGGCUCAAACCCGAGUACUAUUGACGGUGGCGACGGUGGUGCCGUCAGCAUCCAAGGCGGCCAAUCAAUGGGCCAAAACAGUGCCGACAACGGCGGUAACGUGGCUUUGACGGGCGGCAACGCCGUCGCGGGCUACGGUGGUUCGAUCUCUCUCACGUCCGGCAUCGGUCAAAGCUCGACAAGUGGCUCCAUCCUAAUACAAACGGCCAACGCGGGCACAAGUGGCGUGAGCGGCCUUCUUUCGAUUGCAACCGGUACGUCGAGCCAAGGCAGCACCGGUGCCAUUUCGAUUGUCUCGGGCAGCGCGACCGGUGGCAGCGGUGGUGCCAUCACGGUCCAGGUCGGCGGCGGAACGUUUGGAGAAGGCGGGUCGCUCGUCAUGAGCGCCGGUGCGACCACGGACGCUCGAACGGGUGGUUAUGUCUCUCUUGCGACUGGCGCGAGCGCGCAAACGUCAAGCGGCGACCUGUCGCUUCGCUCCUCGAACGCCGGUCAAGAAGGUGUGAGUGGCACUGUCUCGGUGCAUACGGGAACGUCGAGCGCCGGCACCACGGGUGCCAUCUGUGGUCGCGGUGGUGACUUCAUCGUGACUGUCGGCACGGGCAACAAAGGCAACGGCGGCGAGCUUUCGUUAACGGCCGGCGAGUCGACCGAGGCCAAGUCGUCGGGCGGCAGUGUGACGGUGACAGGUGGUCAAGGCUCGAGCAAGACAAACGUCGGUGGUGGCUCGGGCGGCGACGUGAACGUCUUUGGCGGUGCAGCAAGAGGCAUGAACAAGGUUGACACGGGAGGCGACAUUCGUCUCGAAGCCGGCCCGUACACGACGAGUGGUAGCAUCCAAGUGUCGACGGCCAACGCUGGCUCCGCCGGCAUGAGUGGUGCGCUCAGCUUGGCGACGGGUGGGGCCACCCGCGGCAACACGGGCGACAUGACAUUAUCGACAAGCGCCACCAAGCUUGGCGUCGCUGGCUCCAUCACGCUGUCAGGCGGUCAGAGCACGUGCGGCAUUGGCGGCCAAAUCUCGUUGUCGGCUGGCCCCGCCGUUAGCAAAGCAAUUGGCGGCUCCGUUUCGAUCCAGUCGGGCGCGGGCGAACAUACAGCGAGCGGUAGCGUUGCCAUCGGAACAGGAAGCGCCGGCUCGAUAGCCAGCAAAGGCGCAUCGUCGGGCAGCAUCGUCAUGCAAACGGGCCCGACGGUGAUUGGCGCGUCUGGAUCAAUUGUGCUCCAAACGGGCGAUGCCACGAGUGGCUCGGGCGGCGGCAUCUCGAUGACGGUGGGAUCGGGCGACAAGGGCAACGUCUUUACGCCGGACGAAGGCGUUGGUGGCAGCAUCGUCCUGAAGGCGGGCGACACCAAAGCCAACAAGAAGAUCGGUGGCGCCAUCGAAUUGACCGCCGGCACGGGCGUCAACGUCGACACGUUCUACGGUGGUCGCGGUGGCUCCAUCAAGAUUGCUGGAGGGGAGUCGAAAGGACGCAGCAAAACCAACAGCGAGGGCGGCGUGGUCCAGCUCCAUGGUGGCAAGGCCGACUUCUCGACUGGUGGUGCCGUCGAGCUCCACAGUGGUGUGAGCGCGAGCGCGGCAAGCGGUGAUAUCAAGCUCAAGACAGCCGAUACCACGGGACAGAGCGCGGUCAGUGGAACGGUUGUCAUCGAAACGGGCAGCGCCAUCACUGGUCCCAAGGCCAAGGCUGGCAACUUUUCCGUGACCACGGGCAAGUCGAUGACACCUUCCAACAUUACGUUGCGCAUUGGUACCAACGAUCUCGGUCGUGGCGGCGACAUCGUGCUCUCGGCGGGUACGACGCUCGAGUAUGGCAAGGCCGGCGGUGACGUGCGUGUGCUCGCUGGUACGGGCGCGAGCAAACGACGCAACGGCGGCGGUCACGGCGGACAGCUUGUGCUGGAAGGCGGAACCUCAAUGGGUGGCGACACGAAGGACGUUGGUGGCUUUGUCGGGAUUGCUGGCGGCGUGUCCAUGAGCGGCCCCGGCGGCUCCGUGUCCAUUGCCUCGGGUACGAGCAAAGAGGGCGGGUCGGGGGCGCUAUCGCUGCAGACGGCCAAUGCUGGCCGUGUCGGCAGCACAGGCGCCAUUACCAUGACCACGGGCCAGGCGACGCACGGUCCGUCGGGCGACAUUGUGUUGCGGUCUGGCGACGCACCCUCCACUCCGUCACGUCAGCACCCAAACAAGCAAGCGACUGCUGGCAGCAUUUCCGUCGAGGUUGGUGCCAGUGGCUCGACAGAUGGCGGGGCGAUCAAACUUGUUGCCGGGUUUGCGAGCGCGGACGCCCGCACGGGCGGUGGUGUCACGGUGCAAUCGGGCGCGUCAAAGUCGUCCAGCGGCGACCUCCUUUUCGAGACGCCUAUGGCACCUAGCCGUGGCGUGAGCGGCUCGGUGACUGUUGUGACGGGCAAGGCUGCCAAAGGGUUGUCCGGUGGCAUCCAGCUUUCAACGGGCGCGUCAACCGAUGGCGUUGCUGGCCAGGUGCUCUUGAGUGUCGGUGACACAGUGACGCAGGGCGGCGGUAGCUUGGUUGCCUCUGCUGGCGAUUCGCUCGCGCGUGAUAGCAGCGGCGGCCACCUCGACUUGCGUGCCGGUGCGGGCGUGAACCGCGACACGUCGGCCAUUGGAGGCAGUGGCGGCCGUGUUUCGAUCGCUGGCGGCCGAGCGCAUGGUUUGAGCCCCGACGUGAACAGCGGCGGCGAAGUCGCUCUUCUCGGUGGCGACGCUGAUGUCGGCGCCGGCGGUAGUGUCUCUAUUGCGAGCGGUGCUGGCGCUGGCAAGCGCAGCGGCAACGUUCAGGUUGCCUCAGCUGUAUCUCCUCGCGGUGACUCGGGUGUCGUAACCGUCGCGACGGGUGAUUCCCAGAAGGGCAACUCCGGCGGCAUUCUCGUAGAGACGGGCGCCACUGAGAGCGGUGGAAGCGGAAGUAUUCAAUUGCGCGCCGGCCACGCCGCGAAAGGACUCGGUGGCAACAUUGAGCUCACGGCCGGCUCGGCGUCUGCGUCUGCUGGCGGCACCGUCAAGAUCCAGUCGGGGCCAUCGUCGGCGGCCAGCAGCGGUGAUGUACUGGUCUCGACGCCGCAAGUGACCUCGAAGAAGGCCCAGAGCGGUAGCUUCCGUGUCGUGACGGGCUCGACCGAUGGCGGCAACUCUGGCACCGUGUCCAUCGGCACCGGCGCCUCUAGUCGCGGGUCUGCUGGUGACGUCGUUGUUGCCGCCGGCGACAGCAGCCGCAUCGGUGGCAACGUCCAGAUCAACGCCGGCACGGGCUCUGCCCAUGGUGGAUCCAUCUCUCUAAAGGCAGGUGCCGGUCCAUCGGACGCGAGCGGCACCGUGUCGAUCACAACGACGGGCGUGGGCAAGAGUGGCAGUAUCGUCAUGACGACGGGUGACUCGACAAACGACGCGUCGUCGGGUCGACUGACCAUUGCCUCGGGCACGUCGAGCAACGGCGUGGGUGGCGAUGUCACGGUUCGCGUCGGCGAAGGCAGCUCCCACACUGGAGGUACUCUUGAGCUCUCGGCCGGCGCCAACAGCAAUAUCGGUGGCCGUGUCAAAGUCACUGGUGGUGAAGCACGCUUGUCCACUGGUGGCGCCGUUGACGUGUCGGGCGGUUUUGGUGCUUCCGCUGGCGGUACUGUCACUGUGAGCGGUGGUAAAUCAAAGUUCUCGGACGGUGGCUCGGUAGCUGUGACGUCUGGAGCGUCGGGCUCAAUGUCCAGUGGCUCCAUUUCGAUUUCAUCGGCUGACUCUAGUUUGAACGGUGCCAGCGGCGCUGUCUCGAUCCAAACUGGCUUCUCCGGCUACGGUAACUCGGGCGCCAUCGCUCUGUCGACGGGCCUUACGCGAAGCGGACGUGCUGGCUCCAUCAGCGCCAGUGUCGGCACAGGACACAAGGGUGACGGCGGUGACAUCGCGAUGCGUACCGGUAACACAACGGACGGCACUGCUAGCGGUGGCGCCCUCUCGCUUGAAACCGGGUCAAGCAAAGCUGCUUCAAGUGGCGCUCUCUCGCUUCGGACGACGAGCUCGGCCACGUCGGGCGUCAUCUCGAUCACCACGGGACAAACAACCGACGGCAGCUCGGGCAGCAUUGUCGUGGAGACGGGCUACGCGACUCAAGGCGCGGGCGGCGACAUUACCGUGGCUGUUGGUUCUGGCUCGAUGAGCAAUGGCGGCAACGUAGUUGUCUCCAGUGGUGCAACAACACGCGCCGGCGCCACUGGCGGCAAUGUGACUCUGAGCGCUGGCUCGGGCGACGCGAUCGAUGGUGGCAGUGGCGGCGCCAUUCGUGUUUCGGGCGGCUCGAGCCGCGGUCUCGAUGCGUCGACCAACGUUGGCGGCAGCGUCGUUGUCUCGGGCGGGAGCGCUUCCGCGUCAACGGGUGGCACCGUUUCCAUUGUGAGCGGGAAGAGCGACCGCUCUGCGAGUGGUGCAGUUGCGCUGUCGUCAUCCGAUGCGGCAAGUGCCAACACAGGGGCCAUCAAGAUCGCGACGGGUACCACGACGCAGGGCAAGUCCGGCUCUGUUGUUGUCCAGACGGGUGCAAGUGAUGACGGUGUUGCCGGCGACAUUGUUCUUGCGGCGGGAAGCAGCUCGAGUGCCACUGGCGGUGCGCUUCGUCUCGCGGGCGGCCCGAGCAUGGCAUCCACUGGCGGUGCUGUAACCGUCGAAGGCGGGGCGUCCAAAAAGGCAACCAGCGGCGGCAUCUCGCUCGGAUCGGCAGGCUCCAAGAGCAGCGGCAACAGCGUCUUGUACACGGGCCAAGCAUCCACGGGCAAGGCCGGCGACAUUGUCGUAGCGUCGGGCAGCGCGUCCGCUGGCACUGCGGGGUCCAUCGUAACAAGUGCGGGUCUUUCUCAUGUCGGCAGCGGGGCGGACGUGAACGUGACAGCCGGUGCCUCCACCGUCGAUGAUGGCGGUCGCAUUACUUUGGUGUCUGGUGCCUCCCAAACCUCGUCCAGUGGGGUCAUUGCGCUGUCCAGUGCCCCCUCGAAAACAAGUGGCGACGUCGCCCUUGAAACGGGCUUGGCGACAGAGGGCGCGUCAGGUGCCCUUCGUUUGACGACCGGUCGGGCAACUGUCGGUGCCGCCGGUGAUAUCUUGGUCUCUGUGGGGUCAAGCACCGGCACAAACGGAGGUGCACUACGCCUCACAUCGGGAGCGUCGAGCCAAGUCGGCGGCAGCCUGGCCCUUGAGACUGGUGAGAGCACCGCGUCAACGUCCGCGUCUCAAACCGGGUCGAUACUCCUUCGCACGGCCGAUGGGGUGUCCACGGGCUCGAUCAACGUGACCUCGGGUGCAGCGACGUCAGCUUCCGGCGCCAUUACGCUUUUGUCCGGUCUCUCGACCAGUACUACGGCUGGCAGCGUCUCCAUCGGUGUCGGGGCAAGCCAUCUCACUGGCGGCGAGCUGGCGCUCACCUCGGGUGUGUCGGUAACCGAAACGGGCGGCCGUAUCUCUAUCACGUCUGGCGUCGGCAAGGCAACGACAAGUGGAGCUGUGGUAUUGCAGUCGGCGGCGGCUGGCAAGUCGGGUGCGUCAGGAUCAGUCCACAUGCUCUCGGGACCGUCUUCUGCUGGAAACACAGGGUCCGUCGUUAUCAGCUCGGGCGCUGCCAAGGCUACAGGUGGCGCUGUAACCCUUUCCGGCGGCGCUGGUCACACUGGCGGUGACGUUGCUGUGGAAGCUGGUGCGUCCGAUACUAGCGUCGGUGGCGCGGUUCGGUUGACUACGGGUGCCAGUGGCGCGUCUGGUGUCAGUGGUGCCAUCGGGUUUUCAACUGCCGGUGGCAGUGAUCACGCUACGGGUGGCGUGAAACUCGCCUCCGGGUCGUCGAAGCUCGGCAGCGCUGGAACUGUGGACGUGAACGCGGGAUCUGGUACGGCAGGAGGCAAGAUUGCUGUCGUCGCGGGAGCCAGCUCGCAAUCAAACGGCGGCUCUCUGAUUGUGAGCGCUGGUGCAACGUCCGCUUCUUCAUCGUCUGGCGGCAACGUCUUUGUCCAAGCCGGCUCUGCGGCAGCGCCUGGUGCUCUCGGUGGCAAUGUGACUGUCAUGGGUGGCCACGGCAACGGGUCGGCAGCGGCUGCGUCGGGUACUGUGAGCAUCUUUGGCGGUGAGAGCGACAAAAGCGUCGGCGGGGCCAUACAGAUUCGCUCCGGUGGAAGCCAAGGCGACGUCUCGGGCAGUGUCGCAAUUGCAACCAAAGCAAGCUCGAGCACUGGUGACUUGACGCUUGCAACGGGCGCAGCAUCGGGGGGCAUGGGGGGCAGUUUGCAUGUGCAGACUGGCUCUGGCUCGUCGGCUGGCUCCGUGGGUAUUACCCUCGGGGCUAGUUCUGCUGCGCCGGUUGGGGCUCAAGUCAGCGUCGUUGCUGGCAGUGCGGCGUCUGGCGGCGCCAUCUCGCUCGUAUCGGGCUCGAGCACGGCCAAUGUCCGCGAAUCGUCCACGGGCGGUAUUUCCAUUGCCUCCAGCUCAACGACGACGAUGGGCAACUCUGGGAGCGUUGACCUCUCGACUGGCAACGUUGUGGACGGUCAAGUGGGUACCCUCUCGCUGGCGACUGGCUCGGCGUCCGUUGGCUCGGGCGGCACGGUCAAGGUCUCUGCUGGCAGCGGUGACAUGGGCGGAUCGAUUCGGCUUAUCAGUGGCAGCAGCCAGAAGGCGACCAACUCUGGCGGUGAUAUUGUGCUCACAUCGGGCUCGGCCGUGGAUACAAGUGGUGCAAUCUCGCUGAUGUCUCUUAAUGGGAGCACCACGGGCGGCUCUGGCGUCGUGUCCAUUGCAACGGGUGCCGUGACCGCGGCGCACCAAGCGUCUGGCGAGAUCGUGUUGACAACUGGAGCAUCGUUGGCCGAAGCUGGUGGCAUCGCGCUCCGCGCGGGUGAUUCAACGACGAAAGGCGCUGCUGUGACGAUCUCGUCGGGCUCGUCCUCCGGUGUCGAAGGCGGCGCCCUUGAGUUGACGUCUGGUUCAUCGCCGGUGACAACGGGGCGUGUUGUGGUGUCUUCGGCCACUGCCGACGCCUCGUCUGGAUCAAUUUCGAUGGCAUCGGGCGACGCGAUCCAAGCCUCAGGAACCGUGCGCCUUGCGUCCGGCCACUCGACGUCGGGUGCUGCCGGUAACGUCGUGGUGUCUGCAGGUGCUGCAUUGCGCGAGGCUGGCGACGUUGCCGUGAUUGGAGGCUCGUCGGCUAGCGCUCUCGGAGGUAAUGUCAACGUCACGUCGGGCACCGGUGCCGCAGGCUCGGGUCGCUUGGCCAUCACGACGGCCGGCAGUGCUUUGAGUGGGUCCAUCACCCUUGCAUCGGGCGAUGCAACGAGCGAGUCGUCGGGCUCCGUUGCUAUCUCUACGGGAUCUUCCAGUGCGGCGCCCGGCACGUUGACGUUAUCCGUUGGCAAGACGUCCGGCGACGCCACCUACGACGGCGGGGACAUUGUUCUUGCAGCUGGUAAUGCCGUGUCUGGCGAUGGUGGAGCUAUCUCGAUCGGUUCUGGUGCGGGGCGAGGGUCGAGCGGCAAGGUCAUUCUCUCAACAAGCUCGAGCGACGCGUCUGGCUCGAUCGCUAUCACUACAGGCGACGCCAGCACGGGAGCAUCCGGUACGAUCCGCAUCAGCUCCAGCGCCGGCAGCUCAAGUGGUCAUGUUGCCAUUGCCACUGGUGACAGCAGUCGCACGAGUGGUGGAACCGUCUCGUUGAGUGCAGGACGCUCAACGACGGCGACGGGCGGCGCCGUCUCGAUUGCGUCUGGCACGGGCGCUUUGUCCACUAGCGGUGACGUCACGAUCCAUACGCCGGCAGGUAUCAGCGGCAGCGGUGCCCUGACUUUGGCCACCGGCAUGUCAGAAACCAGAACUGCAGGAAGUAUCGCGCUUUCCAGUGGAUCGUCGGCGUCUGGCAGCGCCGGCAACAUUGCGGUCAAUGUCGGCGCCUCUCAAGGCCAUGACGCCGGGACCUUUUCGGUCAGUGGCUCAGAAUCAACGACUGGUGCUGGCGGCGCCAUUGCGCUUACGUCUGGGGCCAGCAAGUUUGGCGAGGGUGGCGCUUUGUCUUUGACCUCUGGCAGUAGUGUGAGCGAUGGGACGGGUGGUCUUCUGGCGCUGCAAGGCGGCGAUAGUGCGUAUGGCGUCGGCGGCGCUGUCAAAGUUACGUCUGGCUCGAGCUCGGACGCCAGUGGUACUAUCGCAGUUCAGUCGGCGUCGACAGCUCAAGGCUCUUCUGGCUCGCUGACCGUUGGCUCGGGGCAGGCGGCUCAUAUUUCGGGAGCUGUUACCGUCGCCUCGGGCAUCUCGAGCACGCAGUCGGGCGCCGUGUUGAUUCGCUCGGGCGACAGCGAGGGACAGACGGGCGCUAUCGACAUUGCCGGCGGCGCUAGUCGCUUUGGCACAGGAGCUGCCAUUGGCAUCACAAGUGGAUCGGGCGAGACCAGUGGCGCUGUCCGAGUUAUCACGGCCGAUGGUUCCAGCUCGGGCGGCUUGACACUUGGCACCGGUAGUGCCGCGUCCGACGCUGCGGGUUCGGUGUCGAUUGCUACAGGCAGCAGCUCGGCUGGCGUCUCGGGCUCGAUUGUUCUUUCCGUUGGCUCGUCGACGUCACGCGAGGCGGGCAGCAUCCGUGUCUCGAGUGGUGCCAGCGACGCAACGGGUGGUCUUGUUGAAAUCACUUCGGGUCGCAGUACGUUGACGGUCUCUGGGUCGGUCGUGCUGUCUUCUUCUUCCAGUGCUUCGAGUGGAAACACUGUCAUUGCGACGGGUGCCGCUACGACAGCUGCAUCUGGUUCCGUUCAGAUCCGUUCCGGAGCCGGUGCUGCGGCCGCGGGCGGGAUUGCGCUCACCGCAGGAAGCAGUGCGACGGGGCAAGCUGGCAACAUCACUAUCGCCGCUGGCGAAGGUAUCCAAAGUGGCUCCGUGUCGAUCCAGUCGGGCGGCAGCCAUGCUGGGGUCUCGGGCCGAGUUAGCAUCACAUCUGUGGUGACAGGCUCGACCGGCUCGAUUGACGUCCGGACUGGCUCCGCGACGGCGGGCACCUCUGGAAACCUGGAGAUUGGCACUGGCAGUGCUCUUGGUGGCGAUGCUGGCAGCGUCGUUAUUGCGGCGGGUGCAACAAAUACUCGCCAAGGUAGCGACGUGUCGCUAUCUGGUGGUGUCUCGGACGCGGGUGUCGGAGGCGCCGUGUACCUCACUAGCGGUGCUGGUGCCGCGGUGUCGGGCAGCGUCCAGCUUCUUACGGCGUCCUCGUCUUCAAGCGGUGCUGUUGUCAUUGCAAGCGGUCUUCCCACGGCUGGUCCAUCGGGCAGCAUCACAUUGUCCACGCACGACUCGGCGUCGGGUGCCAGCGGAGACGUUCUCGUGUCGUCGGGCGUUGGUGUCAACGGCGGCCGUGUCUCGAUGGUUGCUGGUGCAUCGACCGGUGCGACGUCUGGCGGCGCGAUUGCGAUUACGUCGGGCUCUAGUAUCACGGGCGCGAGUGGCACGAUUGCAAUUGCAACUGCGUCGGGUGCUUCCACGGGUCGUCUGACGCUCUCCACCGGUGCGUCAACGUCGGGUGCGUCCGGCGCGAUUGAGCUAGUGAGUGGUGACUCGUACUCGACUGCCGGCUCGGUGUCGAUUGCUUCGGGUAGCAGUACCCUGGGCCGAGCAGGCUCGGUGUCGAUUGCUGCCGGCAUGAGCGGCGAGACCAUCGGUGGUGCUAUCGCGAUGGUGUCCGGCGAUGGGCGCGCUGCGUCUGGCGACGUUGAAAUCCAUUCGCGAGACUCUACGCGAGGCAGUUCUGGCUCAGUCAGCAUCUCGACCGGCUCGUCGGCCAUAGACCAGUCGGGGUCGCUCUCAAUUACCACAGGCAACGCAACGACUGGGUUGGUCGGUCCGGUGACGCUUUCAGCCGGUUUUGCGACGUCGACGUUUGGUGCCACCGUUAUUGUCGCGGCGGGUGCUUCGGGAUACUCUACCGGCGGUGACUUGGAUUUGUCGUCUGGCGCGGGUCCCACGUCUGGCGCAGUGCGCAUCGCGUCGGCUACGUCGAGUGCCACGUCCGGUGCCGUUCACGUCACGUCGGCUACGAGCAAGACGAGUGGUGCCGUGUCCGUUACGUCGGGAGCGGCUACGGCAGCAUCUGCGGGCUCUGUGAUUAUUGGCGCCGGCAAGAGCCAAAUCGCCGGUGCCACCGUCGAGAUCCUCGGCGGAGAUAGUGCAACACUCGAUGCUGGCUCUGUGUCGCUUGUCGCAGGCUCCACACCUACUGGUGUCGGCGGCGAUCUUCGCCUCUCGUCGGGCUUUGGAGUGGCCUCCGGCGCCGUCACCAUGGCCAGUGCGACCUCGACGACUGGCGCUAGUGGCACCGUCACGAUUACCACGGGCGCUGCUGUCAACAGUGGUGCUCUUGCGAUUGGAAGCGGCGACGGUCUGGAGACGGGUGGUGUGACGACCGUGUCAAGCGGUCGUGGCAGCCGUCGUGGUGGCGACAUUUCCAUCCUUAGCGGCGCUUCGUCCUCGGGGAUCGCAGGCUCUAUUGCACUUUCGGGUGGCGAGGGCUCCGUCGGCGGCGACGUUAGCGUCACAGCCGGCACCAACGGCCAGCUCGUGCUCCAGAACGUGGCGCAAACGGCGUCGAUCAUUGUGGACCCGUCGGGUAGCGUCUCGGUGACGUCUGGCGCCGACGCACCGCUGAGUUUGUCCAGCGGCAGCGACACUCGUAUGGUCGUUGGUUCGGGCGAGCUCACGGUGACCCACAGCGAGUCGGAUAUCAAGGGUGACGUCGUCAUGCGCGUACGUGCAAACGAAGUCAUUACGCAUGUGCCGGCGCAGUUUACGUCGAUCACGUACCCGGGAGACCGUCGUAUCAAGACCGAGAUCCAGGACGUUGACCAAGAUGACUUGCUCCAGCGCCUUCAAAACAUCGAGGUCAAGCAGUACCGGUACAGCAAGCAGUGGCAGUCAAUCGGGCACGUCUCCAACGAGGUUGUGCGCGGUGUCAUUGCGCAGCAAGUGGCCGAGACCUUUCCCGAGUACGUCAAGGUCGGCUCGUACGCGUUCCCCGAGAAGAACUUUUCGAUGCAGUCGUUUCACAACAUCAACAAGCAGGCGCUGAGCAUCGAUCUUCUUGCGGCGAUGCAAGCACAGUACAAGCGCAUUCGCCUCGGACGCAACGAGCCUCACGCCACGGGACGCAUCGACAUUACGACGGCCGACGCAGAAGCCAAGGCGACGGGCGACCUUCUCUUGCGCUCCGGUAUGUCGGCGACAGCGGCUUCGGGCAACAUGCUCGUUCAAACUGGCGACGCCAACUCUGCAGGCUCCAUUGUGCUGGCCGUCGGUGACAGCCAAUCGCGUGGCGGCUCAAUCCAACUGCGCGCCGGUGAGUCGUCUGGAAGUGACGGGGGUGCUCUCUUGUUGGCGACGGGUGCUGGCUUGACGAACUCGGGCGCGCUCGAGCUUGUGUCCGCACGUGCCGACGGUGCAAGUGGCACUAUCACACUGGCAAGCGGCGCCGCACCUACGUCGGGCGCCGUCGUGCUUGAGACACGCGACGCUAACCAACCAGGCAACAUUAUGUUGUCUACUGGGCGCUCGAGUACGGGUACAGGCGGCACGGUCCAAGUGCACGCUGGCUCGGGCAGCACGGGCGGUAGUAUCCGCCUCAUGUCUGGCCGCGGAUCGAGUCCCGGUGAGCUUGCACUCGGCAGCCCAACGGAUGCGGAUGCAACGGGCUCCGUCACGAUUGCAACGGGCGCGACCACAAGUUCAACUGGCAAAGCGGGAUCGCUCGCUCUGCGUGCUGGUGCCGCCGCGACGGUUAUGCUUGACAAGGACGUUGCCAUUGCAUCGGGCGGCUCGGCCGCGCAGAGUGGGUCCAUUGCUCUCAUAUCAGGGCGUGGCACGCAGCAGUCGAGUGGCGAUGUCCGCAUCCAAACGGGCACGGCAUCGGAGCACGCUGGAUCUAUCAACAUGGCCACGUCCGACGGCGCGCGCGGCGGUGACGUACGAAUCUUGGCAAGUGGCAGUCUCGCUCUGCAAGGUGGUCUGCGAGGCAAUGUCUCGAUCCGUGCUGGCGGCCAAGAUGACAAUGAAGCGUCAGCUCGCACUAGAAUUGACGUGGAAUCCAAUGGAAGCUUCCGCGCUGCAAGUAACACCGUGGUGCUUUCCAGUCGGGAAGACCUCGACAUUACUGGCGGACCUGUUCGCGUUUCUGGGACGUCAAGUACGACACACGGUGUCGCCAUCUCUGCCCACGAGAAGAGAGGGUCAAUUCAGCUCUCUGGCGGUCACUCGGGUGUUUCCUCGCACAGUGCUACGAUUACGCUCGGCCAUCCCAGUGACGAAAAGAUGACAGAGUCAAUCGUGAUUGCAAGCGGUGUCGGCAAUGCCAUCUCGGGCACGGUCGUUCUCAAGUCGUCUUCUGCCGCGUCGUCGGGUGUCGUGGAGCUCACGACUGGCGAAAGCACUCUCUCCAGUGGUGACGUGCUUUUGUCGACAGGCAACAGCGGCGAGACGGCUGGUCGCAUUGUCCUCGCGCCUGGCUCGGGCAAGCCUACGGUAUGA